UAAUGAUAGUGAUACUAUAUACUAUAUAAAAAGAUUUAAGACGUAAAAACAAAUAUAAAGUUUGAAGUCUCUUAAGUUUCUUAAAAGUUCGAUCAAAACUUAUAUAAUAGAAAUUAACAAUUAAUACUUUAAAGGAUAUUGUAUGAUAUUCGAAUAUUGACAUAAAAAAAAACUUAACGAUUUUUGCUGCAAACAAAUAAAGCAUAUUAAAAUGGGACGGAAAGGAAAGAAAAAACAAAAUGUGCAAGAUCAUCCACACUCAUCUAUUUCACAGCAACAAAGUAGCUCACAAGAUCAACAACAAAAUCCAAGUGGUUCACAAGUUUCACAACAAGUACAUAGUCAGCACCAGCAAUCGGAUAUUUCACAAAAACAUGCAUGUCCAAAACAACAGUCAGAUAGUCCUCAGCAAACACAACAAGCACAGACAUCUGGUCAACAACAAUAUCAACAUAUUUCACCGCAGCAACCACAUGGUCAAAGGCAACAGUCAAAUAGUCCUCAGCAACAAGCAUGGAGAUCUAAUCAGCAACAACAACUUACUUCACCGCAACAACCACAUGGUCAAAGGCAACAGUCGAAUAGUCCUCAGCAACAAGCAUGGAGAUCUAAUCAGCAACAACAACAUAGUUCACCACAGCAACUACAUGGUCAAAGGCAACAGUCGAAUAGUCCUCAGCAACAAGCAUGGAAAUCUAAUCAGCAACAACAACAAACACAUGAUGAAAGACAACAGCUCAGUAUCUCACAAGUAAUGUCAGAAAGUCAUCAAGAACAGCAACAACCAAGUGAUUCACAACAGCAAGAAUUACAUAGUCAGCAACAGUCAUCUGUUUCACAGAUAUCUCAUGACUCAAAACAGUCACAGCAGGAAACUGCUCUUGUUUCAAAAAAAAUUGAUUCACUCACACAAAAUAUACAUGAUAUGUAUGUCACUCAAAUGCCAAAACGAACUAAUCAAACAAAUAAACCAGGUAGAAAUAUUAUUGUGGAAACAAAUAUGCUUAAACUCAUUUUUGCACAAAAUUUUCAAACAAAUAUUAUACAUUAUGAUGUAAUCAUAACACCAGAUAAACCAAAAUUUUUAUUAAGGACUGUUUUUGAAGAAUUUAGGAAAAAACAAUGUCCAAAAAGAUAUCCUGCAUUUGAUGGUAAAAAAAAUGCAUAUAGUGCACAAAAUCUUCCUUUUGGUGAUAAAAGUAAAGAAGAAGAAAUAAAAAUUUUUGAUGUUAAUACAGGAAGAGAAAAAAAUUUCAAAAUAUACUUAAAUAAAGUUGCAUCUCUUGAUUUAUCAUGGUUAAAAAAUCUAAAAUGUGAUUUGAUGGAUUCUGAAAGGAAUCAAAAAUGUAUACAAGCAUUAGAAAUUAUUUUACGUCAUGGACCUGCAUACCAAUAUACAGUGAUUGGCAGAUCACUUUUUCAACAACCAGAACCAGGCAGAGUUGUAUCAUUAUCAAAUGGAUUAGAUUUAUGGGUUGGUGUAUUUCAAUCUGUUGUAAUUGGAUCUAAACCAUAUUUGAAUAUAGAUGUUGCACAUAAAGGAUUUCCUAAAAGUCAAUCAGUUAUUGAUUUGAUGAAAGAACUAUGUAAUGUACAGGAUUUAACUCCAAAAGUUGUAGAACAGAAUCUUUUUAAUAUAAAUAAAUUCUUAAAGGGAUUAAAAAUUCAAUAUGAAUUACCUGGACAACCUACUACUAAAAGAACUUAUCGUGUAAAUAAAUUAGUUAAUUCUGCAAGAGAAAAUAAAUUUCGUUUGGAAGAUCAAACUUUAUAUUCGGUUGAACAAUACUUUUUACAAAUUAAAAAAUAUACAAUAAAAUAUCCCACUUUACCAUGUCUUUGGGUAGGAUCUCAAAAAAACUCAAUUUACUUACCUGCUGAGUUAUGUACAAUAAUUGCUGGACAAGUUAUACAAAAAGACAUGAAUAAAAUUCAAACUUCUAAGAUGAUUCGCGAAACAGCAACUGAUACACGAAAACGUAAAGAAAAAAUUAUGAAUAAUUUUGCUAACAUGAAUUUAAAUCAGCAGCCAACUUUAAUGGAUGAAUUUCAUUUUUCUGUAAAUCCAGAAUUUGAAAAAAUACCAGCAAGAGUUCUAGAAGCUCCAAAAUUACAGUAUAAAGAAAAGGAAGUUAAUGUAAAAAAGGGAAUAUGGAAAGCAGAAAAAUUUUUUAUUCCUUGUAUUUUACCAAAGAAAUCAUGGACUAUUUUAAACUUGGAUAAUCGCAUAUAUAAUCAUGAUUUAUAUAAUUUAUAUGAAAAACUACAGAACGGUGGUAAGUUCUUGAACAUGGAAAUUGCUGAAGCACUAACUCCAUUUGCAAAUUUAACUAUUGAAACAAAUAUUAAUAAAAUUAUCGAAUAUUUUAACGAUAAAAAAAAACAAAAGAUAUUACUUGUAGUAGUGAUACUUCCAAAUUUAGACAAUGCAUAUAGUAUUGUAAAACAAAUUUGUGAACUUCAAAUACAUGAAGGUAUUGUAACUCAAUGUAUAAAAAAUCAAACUUUAAAAAAAUUAAAUGAUUCAACAAUUGGGAAUAUUUUGUUAAAAAUUAAUUCAAAGCUUAAUGGUAUUAAUCAUAUUAUUACCCCUACUUGUCGUCCAAAUUGCCUACGUAAACCAUGUAUGAUAAUUGGUGCAGAUGUGACUCAUCCAUCACCUGAUGCAAUAAAUACACCCUCAAUUGCAGCUGUAGCAGCAAGUCACGAUCCAAAUGCUUUUAAAUAUAAUGUUGAAAUAAGACUUCAAUCACCGAGAGAAGAAAUAAUUCAGGAUUUGGAAGAAAUUAUGAUUAUUCAGUUGAAAUACUUUUUUGGAAUAACGAGACAAAAACCUCAAAAAUUAAUUUUUUAUCGAGAUGGAGUAAGCGAAGGACAUCUUAAACAAGUAAUACAUAAAGAAUUAUCUGCAAUAAAAAGAGCUAUUGCGCGCUUAGAGAAAUCUAAUGACAUAAAAAUCCCAAUCACAUUUCUUGUAGUUCAAAAACGACAUCAUGUACGCUUUUUUCCAACUGAUGUGAAGAAUUCUGAUGAUAAAAAUUUUAAUGUACAAGCAGGGACUAUUGUUGAUACUGAAAUUACACAUCCAACUCAUAUAGAUUUUUAUCUUGUAUCUCAUACUAGCAUACAAGGUACUGCUAGGCCUACAAAAUAUAGAUGUAUAUGCAAUGAAAAUCAAAUGCCUGAAAAUGAAAUAGAACAACUUACAUAUUAUCUUUGUCAUAUGUUUGCGCGUUGUACAAGAUCUGUCAGUUAUCCUGCACCUACAUAUUAUGCACAUUUAGCUGCUUUUAGAGCAAGAGCAUUAAUACACAAUACUUCAUUGAAUAUAGAAAAUCUGCAAGAGGAACAGCGGAAAAAAAUGACCUUAAAAAUAAUAAAAGUUCACCUAUGUUUUUUGUAUAAAAUAAAUAUAUUAUUUUAAUAUGUAUGGAAUGUAUACUUGAAUUUUUUGAUUGCUACUUUAUAACAAUAAUGUAUAACAUUUUUGUUUCAAAUAUAAUAAAAUAUUUUCAUAAUGAAUAUUAUUAUUUUAUAAUAUUUAAUUACAAUUGUUACAAUUAAUACAAUAUUUUAUUUUAAA